AUGGCAAAAAUUCAGGACUUAAAGAUUGAGAAGCUGAAACAGGAGUUGGAAAAGCGUAAUUUGGCCACCUCGAGAAUAAAAUUGGAAUUGGUAUCCCGGUUGCGGGAGGUUAUGGAAGCUGAAGGCAUCGACGUGGACAAAUACGACUUCCAGGGCAAACCCGACGAUGCAUCCCCAAAGGACGAACAGAAGGGUGAGGCUGCUUGUUCGUCGAAGGAUAUGCAGCAGACAUCCGGGAAGGUUGAAGAAAUGUCAUCACAGCUGUCGUCACAGAUGCAUGCGCUGGAGACACGUAUAUCUUCCGUGGUAUCAGCGCAGGUGUCAUCGCAGGUGUCAUCCCGGUUAGAAACUCAGCUAGAGGUACAGGAGGCACACAUAUCAUUACAGCUGGAAGGACAGGAUGAAAAAAUUACCCAAAUACAGGACAAACUUGAAGAAAGACAGGAGAAAGUCGAAGCAAAGAUAGACGAAGUGGAANAUAAGAUGUCAUCACAGCUGUCGUCACAGAUGCAUGCGCUGGAGACACGUAUAUCUUCCGUGGUAUCAGCGCAGGUGUCAUCGCAGGUGUCAUCCCGGUUAGAAACUCAGCUAGAGGUACAGGAGGCACACAUAUCAUUACAGCUGGAAGGACAGGAUGAAAAAAUUACCCAAAUACAGGACAAACUUGAAGAAAGACAGGAGAAAGUCGAAGCAAAGAUAGACGAAGUGGAAGGUCGUCUUCGUGAUUUACAAUUGAAUCGUCCAGUAUUUAAGCUCCAGUUCGAAAAAACGGCUGCAGCAAAUCACUGGAGCAUGGAGGAUAAAUCCGCUGCACUGUUCAUUGCAUUAAAAGGACCUGCAGCGGAAAUCUUGCAGACUAUUCUUGAUUGUGAAAGGAACAGUUACGAUGCGUUAAUGGGUGCAGUAGAAAGACGUUAUGGUAGCGAGCACAGGAGACAGAUUUACCAGAUGGAGCUGGAGAAUCGCUGCCAAAAAGCCAAUGAGACUCUACAAGAAUUCGCUUCGGAGAUCGAGAGGUUGGCUCACAUGGCUAUUGCAGACGCAUCUGGUGAUCACCUAGAAAGGGUAAAAAUCCAGAGGUUCAUCAACGGAAUGCGGGACGGGUAUAACAAGCGAGAGACGUACGCGAAUCCAAAGCCAACAUUUGCUGAAACUGUCUCGUAUGCUCAGACGCGUGAAACGGCGGCGCUCCUAAGUAGACCAAAGUAG